UUGGUCCAUAGCUUGAGUGGGCGUGGCCAAUGGGGAUCAUGUCGUACCAGGAAGACCAAGUUCAUUUUGGGUGACUUCCUCCGCUUGUGUCACGUAAGAGGUGACUUUUUCUUCUGUAUCUCCCAAGUACCUGUAAAGCAACACAUGAUGGCCGCCCUGUGUCGCUCCGCGGGCUUUGGCGCCUGUCGUCUACACACAAGCUGUCGUGCUUCUGCCAAGCAACAUUACAACAUGCUGGUGCUCGGAGGAGGAAGUGGGGGCAUAGCAAUGAGCGCACGCAUGAAGAUGAUGCUGGGUGCUGAUAAAGUGGCUGUUGUGGAGCCCAGUGAGAUGCACUACUAUCAGCCUCUUUGGACUCUAGCGGGUGCUGGUGCUAAAACCCUUGCUUCAUCCGGAAGGCCCACAUCAAGUGUUAUGCCCUCUGGCGUGAAGUGGGUGAAGUCUAAAGUUCAGGAAAUAAACCCGGACACAAACACUGUCCGCACUGAUGACGGGACCGAAAUCUCCUAUGAGUAUCUGAUUGUGGCACUUGGCUUGCAGCUCCAUUUUGAAAAGAUUAAAGGGCUUCCUGAAGGUUUUGACCGUCCAAAGAUUGGCUCCAACUAUUCUGUUGAAACGGUGGAGAAAACCUGGGCAGCGCUGCAGAACUUUAAAGAGGGCAACGCUGUGUUUUCAUUCCCAGACACUCCAGUGAAAUGUGCCGGAGCUCCACAGAAGAUCAUGUACCUCUCAGAUGCUUUCCUUAGAAAGACAGGAAAGAGGGCGAGGGCCAAUAUUAUUUACAACACAUCCCUGCCAGUGCUGUUUGGAGUCAAGAAAUAUGCUGAUGCACUCUGGGACAUCGUCAAGGAACGUGACAUAAAAGUGAACCUGAGGCAGAACCUGAUUGAAGUCAGGGCAGACAAGCAAGAAGCCGUGUUUGAAAAUCUUGACAAACCGGGCGAGACGACUGUGUUGCAGUACGAUAUGCUCCAUGUCACUCCACCCAUGGGACCCAACUCCGUAGUUAAAGGCAGCCCACUGGCAGACGAGGCUGGCUGGCUGGAUGUGGACAAAGAAAACCUUCAACAUAAGAAGUACCCUAAUGUGUUUGGGAUUGGAGACUGCACCAAUUUGCCCACUUCCAAAACGGCUGCUGCUGUUGCUGCACAGUCUGCUGUUCUGCACCGAAGCAUCAAAAAGAUAUUGAAAAAUGAGAAACCUGAUAAAAAGUAUGAUGGCUACACUUCCUGUCCGCUGGUUACCAGCUACAACACCGUCGUCCUGGCAGAGUUUGACUACAACCUUCAGCCACUGGAGACAUUCCCCAUUAACCAAGCCAAGGAAAGGAGACUCAUGUACUACAUGAAAGCUGAUGUGAUGCCUCACCUCUACUGGCUUGGACUCCUCAAGGGCUUAUGGGGCGGACCAGAACCCUACAGGAAACUUCUGCAUCUUGGAAUGAAAUAAAUAAAAAGACUGAGAAUUCAUGUAAGAUUUUGCUUUAAUAUUACUUAAUAGAACAUUAUAUAGUCUAAUCAUAUCUACAAAUCGGCAAUUCAAAGUAAACUGGCAAAAUGUUUCAUAGCACAUGGAAAAUGAUUCAUGAUUCAUUUGUCAACAAUGGUACUUCUUGUGUAUCUUCUAUCAAAUAGUUGCUAUGCACAGCAUGGGUUAGUUUAACUCCAGUUGCACAAUAACAGAUAUGACCUACGAUUUUACGUUGCUCAUGUUAAGGUUAAUUGCAAUUAUUUUGAUUAAUCACAAUAAAAUAAUUCAUUUUUCAUCUAUACUAAUCAUGUUUCAUUUUACUGGAGCAAAGACACUCAACAAAGAGAGGGAUGUAUACACUUACAAAGAGAGGGAU